AUGGAGGUGCGGGGCGACCGGGAGGUCUCCGACGGCACCCACAACUUCAAGGAUUUUUCGAAUCCUGAGGUGGCCCUGCCUGCCAUCGGGAACCCUGGAAGCGGCGAAGAUGCCACGGGCGAUGUCCCGCAGAGCGCUGCUGUCCAGGGGACUGCCUGGGGGCGGCUCGCUACAACAGGCGGAGCCGUCGAUGGGCCAUCCAUCAGGCCCAAAUUUGAAUCAACUGAUGGCCAAGAGGCCAUGGGGACUGCAGAUGCACUGGAAGCUGAGGCGCCAACCGACGAUGAGGCGCUGCGGGGCCGCACGGAGAACGACGCGGACACGUACACUUCUUCCGGAUCGGCGUGCGUGGACUUCUUCUUCAAGGUCGUUCGCGGAAUGGACUGCGAUGAAGUCGGCCGGCUGCUGGCGGCGGCAUGGGCGGAGGACGCCGACACGGCCCUGCGGCUUGUCUUCCACCUCCGGGACGUGCGCGAGGGCAAGGGCGAGCAGGCGGCGUUCUACGCGUGCCUGCGCUGGCUGCGGGGCAAUCAUCCCCGCACGCUGAUGGCCAAUUUGCGGCACGUGGCGGCGGUGGGCUACUGGAAGGACUUGCUCGAGCUGGUGGUGCUUGAGGGUGUGGGUUCUCGGACUGGCGCGGCGAAGGGGCGCCCCAGAGAUUUCCGCAAGGGCAAACCUAUCAAGCGACCGAGAGUGGCGCGGGGAAAAAAAUCCAAGGAUAAGAGGUGGAGGGGUCAAGGGAAGAGGAAGGAGCUCACCGAGGAGGAGAAAGAGGCCAAGGAGACGCGCAGGGGGUUGAGGCGGGAGAUGAGGCUGGCGAAGAUGCAGGGAAACAGGCGGUGCGCGAGGGAGUCGAGGGCGCUUGCCGCCAGGGCGGCGUUCGAGAGCGAUGAAUUGUACCAGGCGAUUCACGUGGAGGUGGCACGGCUGUUCGCGACAGCGCUGCGGGCGGACCUGGAGAAGUUCCGCGCGGGGAAGGGCGUGAGCCUGGCGGCAAAAUGGGCGCCGUCGCUGGAGUGCAGCCACGACAGGCGCAGCCACAUCAGCUCCACCAUAGCCUGCAUGCUCUUCCCUCGGGAGGAGGAAGGGAUGCGGGGCAAGGACUGGGGAUCAUACGUGUACAGGGCGCGGGACAGGUACCGCAAGGAGGUGCUGGUGCCGCUGAGGAGGCACCUGGACGUCACCGAGGUGAAGAUGUCGGACGGGGCGUGGGGCGCGAUCGACUAUGGCCGCGUGGCCAGCGUGUGCAUGAACGCCAACAAGGGCCACUUCGCGAAGCACGACGGCGAGCGAUUCGCCGCCUACCUGGGGGAAGUGAAGAAGGGCAAGGCCAAGAUUGCGGCCGGCGCGCUCAUGCCGCACGAGCUGGUGCAGCAGGUCAUGCGCCACGGGGAGAGGGCCAUGGUUGCGGCAGCCCUUGGGUCGGACGACGAAGACGUGGGUCAGGGGGAGGACCUCUGCAUGGAGACAGUGGAGCUGCAGUGGAAGGCGUACGUCAGCAGGCUGCGGGGCGCGGGGGUGCUGGACGGCGCGCUGGCCAUUUGCGACGUCUCCGGGAGCAUGGAGUGCGGGGGUGAAGCUGUCAAGCCUCUGGAGGUGGCGGUCGCCCUGUCGCUGCUGGUGUCCGAGGUGACGGAGCCGCCGUUCGGGGGGCUGGUGUGCACGUUCAGCUCCGAGCCCGAGCUGGUGUCCGUCCGGCUGGAGGACUCUCUGGCGGACAAGGUGAGGGACAUGCGGGGAAUGAACUGGGGAGGUAGCACCGACCUGGAGGCCGUCUUCGACCUCAUCCUGGCGAGGGCGCUGGCCAGCGGGCUGCACGCCGACAGGAUGAUCCGCCGCCUGUUCGUGUUCUCCGACAUGGAGUUCGACCAGGCCCAGGACGGCGGCGACCAUUUCGAGUCCACGCAUGCCGUGGCGAAGAGGCGGUUCCUCGAGGCCGGGUACGCGCUGCCUCAGGUGGUGUACUGGAACCUGAGCGGCAGGUUCCGAAUGGGUGGCAGGGGGGCCUCCACGCCCGUGCUGAAGGAGGAAGAGGGCUGCAGCCUCAUCUCGGGGUUCUCGGGGCAGCUCUUGAAGGCGUUCAUGGGGGAGGGCGGGCUGGACAAAUUCAGGCCGCACAGCAUGAUGAUGGCGGCCGUCCAGCGUUACGGCCACCUGGUGGUUAUCGACUGA